CAGAAAGAACAGAUGAUGGGGCUGUCAUCAAGCAGCAGCAGGAUGCUGAGGUGGGUGGAGCCAGAGGCCACUUCCUUUCCCCUGUGGGCCCUGUCUGCUCCAGUCCUGCCUCAGCCUCAGGAAGAGUUGGAGUGGCCUGGCCCCAGCCCUGUGCCCUUGGCCCCAACCCUGCGGUCUUAUCAACUGAACUGGUCCCAAACUCUGCUCAUGCCAGUUGCCAUGGAAGUGGCCCUGCUCCUCCUCCUCUUUGGGGGCUCCUGGGCCCCGGAGGUGAGCACAGUGUCUUGGAGAACCAUGACAACUUCGCAGAUGCCUACUUCUUUGGACGUCUCAUCCAUCUCUGAGACACUGACCCUCACCUCAACGGCUUCCAAUUCUAAGAAGAUUGACAGCACAGAUGACCAGCCACUUUCUUCAAAUUCCUCUAUAGCCAAUGAGAAAGUGACCUCUCUUGGGACUUCUGUUGGUGUCAGCACUGUCCCCCCUGCACCUGAGCCAACAACCUCCCAGGAAGUUUCUGCCAAGAAUUCAUCAAUGCUCCCGGAAACCUCUAAUGCAACCAGUGACUCUGCUGUUUCCAGGGCAGUUAGCUCUCUGGGGUUCUACACUGAGUCCAGGGGAACCAUAAGUGGCUCUCUGGAGACCUUCAAUAGGACCAGUGGACCCUUUUUCACCAUGACAACUAGCUCACUGGAGACCUCCAGUGUGACCAGUGGACCCCCUGUCACCAAGGCAACUAGCUCUCUGGAGACCUCCGGUGUGACCAGUGGACCCCCUGUCACCAAGGCAGCUAGCUCUCUGGAGACCUCCAGUGUGACCAGUGGACCCCCUGUCACCAAGGCAGCUAGCUCUCUGGAGACCUCCAGUGUGACCAGUGGACCCCCUGUCACCAAGGCAGCUAGCUCUCUGGAGACCUCCAGUGUGACCAGUGGACCCCCUGUCACCAAGACAGCUAGCUCUCUGGAGACCUCCACCAUAAAUAUAUCUACCACGGUUACCUCAGAGACAUCCAAAAACACAACCACCAACUUCCUGUCACAGGGGAUGAAUGGCAACAUGUGGGUAGCUGUGCUUGUGGCCCUGCUGGUGGUCAUUGUCCUCGUGGUGCUGCUCCUGCUGUGGCGCCAGCGACAGAAGCAGAGGACAGGGACACUGACUCUAAGCAACGGUGGAAAGCGCAAUAAGAUGGUAGAUACCUGGGCUGGGCCGGCCCAGGUGCCUGAUGAGGAGGUGGCGAUAACAACAGUGGGAGGGUCUGGGGGCGACAAGAGCUCUGGGGCACCUGCUGGAGAGGGGUCUGGUCGGCGGCCAACACUCACCACUUUCUUUGGCAGAAGGAAGUCUCGCCAGGGCUCCUUGGCAUUGGAGGAGAUAGAGGCUGGGUCAGCUCCCAGCUCAAAGGUGGAGGAAGAGCCACUGGUGGGCAGUGAGGCUAGGGCUUUGGAGGCCCCCACUUCUGAUGGGCCUGAAGUGAGAGAUGGGAAUGCCUCUCAGUGCUUAUGAAUAACAAGAGUGGAGGUCAGAAUCAUUUCCAGUUUUUUUUUUUUAAUCUUCUUCCCUGUUAUCAUCACUUUCAGCUUCAUCCUCACCCAGCAUCCUCAUUCUACAUCUUCACCCUGCAUCCUUACCCAGCAUCCUCAUCUUGCAUCCUCACUCAGCAUCCUUACCUAGCAUCCUCAUCCCGUGUCUUCACCCUGCAUCCUCAUCUAGCAUCUGCAUCCUACACUCACUGAACAUUUGUGAACUGAUUGCAUAAACCUUCCUCAUCAACACCUACUUCUUCCCAUAACUUUUUCUCCAUCUCUUUUGUCUUUGGAGCCAGCUGCUGAGUCUCCAUAAUGCCCAACUUCCUUGACCAAGUAUUUCUUGGAAGAUCCUCCAGGGAUACUAGAGUCUGAGAAGAAAAAGCAAAUGACAACCCAGCAAACACCCACCUGGGAUUAGCUUUGUAAAGUAUGCUUGGCUCCAUAGAUUAGAGGGGUGGCUCUGACACUGGGCCAGCCCAUGAAACUCCUGUAGCUCUGGGUCCCAUCCUCUGUGCCAGCUGGGCCUGGAACUUUGGCUGAGUGGGGCCAUCCAUCUGUGCUCUCGGCUGUAUCUGUGACCCUUCCCAGGGAAAUUGGACUCUAGCCUGGCCAAACUACCACACACUCUCUCACUCAAGGACUGCGACAGCCAGAGGCUUUGGAUGUUUCUCCCCUUAAAGAAAGAGGUGAGAAGAGUUUCUGAACAACUGUAGUUCUCAGAAUCCCCAGCACCUGCGUGGAUCUAUUCAUGGAUAUAGCUUGUGUGUAAGAGGUGAGGAUUUAUUUGGCAAUAUUUGUGAAGGGGUGAUGUUGAAUAUGGAUGGUGUGAGGGCGAGGUGCAGGGAUCCAGACUGGGGGUGGGCACAAGGGAGAGACUGCUGAUAACAUAUAUGUCCUCAUCUUUGCUCAGAUGGGGUGAAGGUAGCAGAAGACUUAACUCUGUCUGUAGCCCAAUAAAGAAUGCUGGGCCUAGGUGUGGGCUCUUCAUCUCAGCCACUACAUCCCUUCCUCGACGCCACCUUCACUCUAACACACAUACAUAGAGGCAGGGGGUGAGGAGUCUGCCUUAAUAGUGGGGCCUGGGUGCUGAAUAAUACUGUUGACCUUUCAAAUCUCUGGUCUCACUGACCCUCCCAGGCUGUUACAGGUUUAGUGUUUGCAUCUCCUCUCUCUCCCCAGGGCUGAGCUUCUCCCCUUCUCUAAGGUGAGGGUGGGCUAAAUGAGGAGCAAAGACAAUCCGUGGAGCCAGGGACUUCCCCUCUGGGUCUGGAUUGUGGAGGAGCAGACAAGAUCUAACUGUGCGUGCCUAAGACCAGCCCAGGCUAGAGCCCAGCGGGGUACAUGGGCCAGAGGCAGUCGAUAUUUCCCCAGGACAAAGAGGAAAUUUGCAAAGAGGAAGUUGUUGAGUCAGAGGGUGCAGUGCCUUCGAGGAGACUGGUUGACUUACAAAAAGAGAGUCAGAUGGGAGCCCGUGACAGUGUGCUGGCAACGUGGCCUUGUCUGGGCAGAGAAGUGGGAGACAAGGAAAGCGCCCAAGUGGGUCAGGUCAUGAGGUGGGGAGGGGAAGCUAGAGAAGGGGUGGAAAAUGACCACGGAUCCACCAUAGCAGGUAGUGCCUCCUGUACCUGGUCAUUGAGGAAGGGCUGAGAUAGGAUGGAAAUCCAGCUUUUUCCCAGGCAAGCAGUGCUCCCAUGGGGCUGCAUCAGGGCACCUCUUCCUACUUUUCACAAAAACACUGGACUAAUCGUAGCCCCUGACAGCAGAAUGUGAGUUCCAAAAGUCUCUUAGAUAUAAUGCAACUGCUGUCUGGGACUUGUCAAACCAAGUGUCCGAAAUUAAGGUUUAAAAAAUAUUGUCACUGAACUCAGAGGUCAUCAAUUCCAUCCGUCCCUCCUAUCUGACAGAUGCAAUCAUGACUGGUUUCCGGGUCCUGGGUGAAUCCUGAAGGAAAUGGUGUGGAGGUGGGUCAGGCACCCAAUAGGGCUCUCACAGCCCAGAAAAUGUUGAAGUAUGCUAAGUGGUAAAAUAGGGAUGCAAACAAAAUGUUAUGAGUGCACCAAAAGAAGGGAGUGACAUCUAGCUCCUGGCGAAGGGUGGCAGGGUGGGAGCUCUCACUAGAGAGUUUAAAUUUCACUGGGUCUUUGUCAUAUUCACUGCUAUAUUCCUGGUGACUUCUUCGCCUGACCCAUCGUAGGUCCUCAGUAAGUAUUCAUUUGAAUGAGUGAAUGAGAUACCUCCUGAGAUUUUAAAGGAAGAGAAGGAUUUUGCCAGGCUGAAAAGGGGGAAGGGCAUUCUGGGCAGAUGGAACAGCAGGUGUAAAGUCCUGGUAAUGGAACUGUGAGCAGUUCGGUGUAGUGUCUUUCUUGAACAAAUGGAACGGAGGCCUUUCAAUUCUCUAGAGGGGGCAGGGGGAAGCAAAGAAAACAGCAGAUAUUGUAAGACCAAAAAGGAAAAAAAAAAAGAAAACAUAAAA